AUGUAUGAUGAUGAUGUGUAUGAUACACAAAGUGCUGGAUAUAUCAACCCUGUAGUGACGCCCAAGCACCAGAAAGGCGGCGGUGGCUUAGCGUACGACUCAUCUAUCGAGGUAGACGAAGCCGAUGAGAGGGCCGGUGAGGCCGAUGAUGAUGAUGAUGAUGAUGAUGAUGAAGGGCCCUGGAUCACUGGCCCAAGGGACCUGGCGGCAUUCGAGAUUCCAGAGACGACAGAGGCAUACUUGCCUCUCGUUGCCUAG